AUGUCCACACAAUUCAUAAUCAACGCUAUUAGAGAUAUCUUACCAACAUUACAGGAACCAUAUCCAAAGGAGUUGGUGGAAUAUACAAAUUCACUAUACUCUUUAUCGAAAGUUAAACAGGUAUUAAAUCCUCAAUAUGAAAUUGCUAGAUAUCAUCUGUGUUGUUAUUUAACGGUUGAAAAGUUUCGGUCAAGACUCUCUCUUCCUGAACCGAUGUUUGAAAAGAUUCCAAUCCCAGGAAGGAAGUUGAGAUCGGUGAUGCUGGAAUUCAAAGGAGGAUUAACAAAAAGGAAAGAAACUGCUUCCCCAGUUACACCACGCAAAAGACGAAGAAGAUACGACCAACUUCCAACCCCUCGCUCCACUGGAAAACGAACACAUAGAAGCCCCACAAAGGCAUCAUUUAAUCCAUACUUGACUCCAGAAUCAGCAAGGUCAUCUAAACACAGUCAAAUUAUUGAUAUAGAUUCAAAUGACUUUAAGCCUAAGAGUGGAAAGAGUAUGCGGGCGAGGUUGAUGGCUGCUGCACAGGAAACAUCACAAUCCGAAUCCGGUGCGCAGAGAAGUGUGAAAAGAAAAAUAACAAGGUCACCAAAGAAAUUAACGACACGUAGAAGCACAGGAACGAAAAGGGAGAUAACUACAGCUCUGCUCAUUUCUUUUUGCAAUAGAUUUUAUAUUCCAGAGGAUACCACAAAAAAUAUCAUGGAUACUUACAGAACAUAUCAUCUAAGAAUAAGAAAUCCUUGGGGUCUAUUAUGCGGAUUAACGGCGGUGGCAUUUAUUUGCCUAAAUUCGGAUAUAGUGAACAACAAAAUAGGUGUUAGAUCAAAACUAUAUCGGACUCUCCAGAAAUAUCAGAGUGGUGGCCUUACAAUUGAUAAUAUCAAGGAGUGGACCCAUAUUGUUCAAACUUUAUGUUCUGAAGAGCCUUGGAUCAAAAUACUACAGGAAAGAAAUGGAACCGGAAACGAAAUGCAGAAAUUUCAUGGAAUACCAUCACUCACAACAUUUAUUGGUCAGGAUGUGUGCUAUAACUCCAAUGAAGCAUCGAAGUCCUACAAUAAUUGGUUAAAGGAACUCCAGCAAACAAUACAUUAG